AUAAUGAUUCCCUCUUCUUUAUAAACCUCAUUUACAUAUUCAAUUCUUCACUCUUGAAAUCCUUUCAAGCAUCAAAUGGGUGAUACCAUUAACAUGGCUCCCUCUGUCCAAGAGUUGGUAAAGCAUAACAUUUCAAAAGUUCCACAACAAUAUCUUCAACUAAAUCAAGAUCCUGUUGUUAUUUCGGAUACAACAACACCCUUACCACAACUCCCAGUCAUUGAGCUAAGUAAACUGUUAUGUGAAGAUGCAACUGAGAUAGAGAAACUAGACCGUGCAUGUAAAGAAUGGGGUUUCUUCCAGCUAAUGAAUCAUGGAGUGGAUCCUUUACUAAUAGAAAAUGUGAAAACUGGUAUAGAAGAAUUCUUCAAGAUUCCAAUAGAAGAGAAAAAGAAGUUUUGGCAAACACCGGAAGAAAUGCAAGGGUUUGGACAACUUUAUGUUACAUUAGAAGAAGAAAAGCUAAGAUGGGGAGAUAUGUUUUUCGUUAAAACUUUUCCAUUGCACACAAGGCAUCCCCAUUUAAUUCCUUCUAUCCCUCAACCAUUCAGGGAUGAUUUUGAGAAUUAUUCUCUUGAGAUGAAAAAACUGAGUAUCUCAAUCAUGGAAUUUAUGUCAAAAGCAUUGAAGAUCAAACCAAAUGAAUUGCUUGAUUUGUUUGAGGAUGGAUCUCAAGCAAUGAGGAUGGGUUACUACCCUCCAUGUCCUCAACCAGAGCAUGUGAUUGGACUUAAUCCUCAUUCUGAUGCUUCUGCCAUUACAAUUCUUCUUGAAGUUAAUCAAGUACAAGGCUUGCAGAUCAAAAAAGAUGGAAUGUGGAUUCCGGUCGAACCUCUCUCCAACGCUUUUCUUGUCAAUGUUGGAGAUGCUUUGGAGGUACUAACCAAUGGAAUUUACAAGAGCAUUGAACAUCGAGUAACUGUAAAUUCAAUGAAGGAAAGGAUCUCUCUUGCUGCAUUUCAUUUUCCUCGUAUGGGUGGAUAUGUAGGUCCAACACCCAGCCUUGUUACUCCUGAAACUCCUGCAUUGUUCAAAACAAUUUCUAUUGAAGAUUUUGUCAAGAAUAACCUUUCAAGCAGGAUAAAGGGGAAGUCUUAUUUGGAUGGUCUUAGGAUCUAAAAGAAUAUUCUUGAAUAAUUUAUUUUCAGAGCCUUUAAUUAGUUAAUAUCGAUUGAAAUGAGAGAGAUUAAGAGAUAUUUUAAUAAAACUGUGUGUUUGAAUAGCACCACGGAGAUUAUAUUAUAUAUAGUGAAAUUUAGAGUA